GAAUCACCACACCCGGCAGGCCUCGACCUACCGCUAUGUUUGCGGCAGGUCCCGCCACCUUAGCGGCCCAAGGAGGCUGCUUUCCUUCUUCGAGUAGCGCGCGUGGAACACUACGCUAACGCCUACUCCCGCCUAUAUAGCGGACGUCUGACUCCCCCGAAAGAAAAUCAACCGGGCCACAAAGAUGACGCCGACACCCCAGGAACACACGACGCAGGAGGAGAUCUCCACGGCACCGGUAUUUGAAGGCGAGAGGAUCGUCAUCUCCGGCAUGUCGGGGCUCUACCCUGACUCCCACAGCGUCAGCGACUUGUCCGAGAUCUUGUACAACAAGAUCAACCCUGUGUCAGAAAAAGCAUUGCGUUUCAAGUUCAGUCACCCUGAAGUGGUGCAACACUCGGGCACCGUACCAGGACUUAGUCAGUUUGAUGCCCAGUUCUUCAAGGUGCACUACCGUCUCGCCAACUGCAUGGACCCUAUGGCUCGUAAGAUCUUGGAGCAGUCAUAUCAGGCUAUCUACGAUGCUGGAAUAAACCCGGAUGAUUUGUCCGGUAAGAAGGUUGGUGUGUACAUCGGCACGUGCUUCUCUGAAGCUGAGAAGGCUUGUUUCUACGAAGCCGCCUCCCGAUCCGGAUUUGGUAUCGCCGGUUGCAGUAAAACUAUGUUCGCCAAUCGUAUUUCUUACUGGCUGAACGCGAAGGGCCCGUCGAUGUCGAUUGACGAGGCAUGCUGCAGCUCCACUGCCGCGCUAGAGCAGGCCUACCUCGCCAUGAGCCGUGGCGACUGUGAGGCUGCUAUCGUUGGAGGUGCCUACUUGUGUCUGCACCCACAGUCUUCUGUGCAUUACGGAAGGAUCAUGAAUCUGUGUCAAGAUGGUAAGACAAAGUCUUUCGAUGAGAAUGCCAAUGGAUGUGCCAAGUCGGAAGCCAUCAACGUGCUGUUCCUGCAGAAAGCUAAAGAUGCAUUGAGAGUCUACGCUAGCGUUUUACAUGCCAAAUCGGAGUUCACUUGCAUUCUGCCUGGAGAGACUGGGCCUCAGUACGGAUUCUACAGAGACGUCGACAAGUCAGUCACCUUCAUGAAGAAAUUCUACGAGGAAGCGAGAGUCCCCGCAGCGGCUAUUGAGUAUGUCGAGGCUCUUGGAUGUGCCGUAAAGGAGGCCGACAAAGUGGAACUGCAGGCAAUUGAGAAAGUGUUCUGUAACGAAAGAGAAGAUCCUCUCCUCAUCGGUAGUGUGAUGUCCAACAUUGGGUACAACGAAGCCGCCUCUGGUAUCACUGCCAUUACAAAAGUACUGUUGGGCUACCACACUGGCCAGAUAGCCGCCAACCUCCACUGCACCAACCCCCGCCAGGAUGUGGCGGCACUACGCGAGGGUCGUAUGCGCGUCGUCACGGAGCAUCAGGGCUUUCGACGAACGUACGUUGCCGUCAACGGCAUGUCUGUCACUGGAGUCAACUCGCAUGUGUUGCUGCAUGGAAACUGCAAACCUAAGGACCCGAGCCGCUACAAGUCCAGUAUCGCUCACCUGGUGACCAUAUCAGCGAGACACGAGCAAGCUGUAACUCACAUAUUGGAGAACUUGAAAGCCAACCCCAUCGACCCGGAACAGCUGAGGCUGCUGCAUAACAUUCACUCCAAUAACAUUUCUGGACACUUGGGACGAGGAUUUAUCAUUCUAGACACAAAUGAGGAACAGAAGACGAUAAGCCUCUCGGAGAAGUCUGAGUACUUCGACAACGCUCGUCGUCCCCUAUGGUUCGUGUACAGCGGUAUGGGAUCCCAAUGGGCUGGUAUGGGUACACAACUGAUGCGCAUACCUAUCUUCGCUGCCGCUAUUGAAAAAUGCCGCAAAGCUUUAGAACCGAAGGGUAUCGACAUAGUGGAUAUUAUUACAUCAACUGAUGAGAAGACAUUCGACAACAUCCUGCAUUCAUUCGUCGGUAUCGCCGCCAUACAAAUCGGUCUCACCGACAUCCUAUAUGAGCUUGGACUAAAACCUGAUGGAAUUAUCGGUCACAGUGUAGGAGAGCUGGGAUGUGCCUACGGCGACGGUUGUUUGACUGCAGAAGAAAUGAUUCUGUCAGCCUACAGCCGUGGUCUCGUAUCUUUAGAGACUCCAUUCAUUCGCGGAUCUAUGGCUGCUAUUGGUCUUGGAUAUGAACAGAUAUUGCCGAUGUGCCCACCAGAAAUCCAGGUCGCUUGUCACAAUGGACCUGAAUCUAGUACCAUUUCUGGCCCUGCUGAUAUCAUGCGCGAAUUCGUGGGACAACUGACUGCUAAGAGUAUCUUUGCUAAGGAAGUACCAUGCUCCAACAUCGCGUACCAUUCACGUUACAUCGCUGAAGCUGGCCCCAAACUACUCGAAUACCUCUCCGAGGUGAUAAAGGACCCAAAACCCCGAAGUGAGCGUUGGAUCUCAUCUUCGGUGCCACAAGACAAGUGGGACGAACCGAGUGCCAAACUUUGCUCUGCUGAGUACCACACUAAUAAUCUACUGAGCCCGGUAUUGUUCGAGGAAACUUCAAGGUUAAUUCCCAAUGACGCUGUAUUAGUAGAGAUAGCUCCCCACGGUCUGCUGCAGGCUAUCCUCAAGCGCUCGCUGAACCCCAACUGCAAGAACAUCGCUCUGACCAGGAGGAAGCAUCCUGAUAAUACAUUCUUGCUACUUGAGGGUAUUGGCAAGUUGUUCAUGGAGGGAUACAAUCCCAAAGUCAAUGUCUUGUAUCCAGAAGUAGAGCUGCCAGUGUCUUCUGGUACACCCUUCCUGUCGCAUCUAGUGAAAUGGGCUCACGCCGAGAAAUGGCCCAUGCCACUCUUCCGUACAGCCAGUAGGAAGGCAGCCGCUACCUGUGACUACGUGACCUCACUACAGGACGUCGAGAGUGCAUACUUACAGGGACACGCACUGAGAGGACACACGGUGUACCCAUUCUCGGCCACUCUGAUGCUGGUCUGGGACAUAUUUGCGAUGACAGUGGGGGUCCCGAGGAAACAGAUAUCGGUGGAGUUCCGCAACCUGCACUUAUACACGCAGCCGAUUAUGCACGACCAGCGUCAGCUGCGUCUCAGCAUGUGCCUACACAGGGGUGCUGGCAAGUUUGAAAUUCUAAACGAAGAUAUCAAGCUGGUGAUUGGAACUAUUGUAGCUCUAGACCUUGAUGAUAUAAAGAAAACCCAAACUAAAACCGACGUGGACACCGAGGUCAACAUAGACCUGACUGCUGAUGAUGUGUAUCAUCUGCUCAGGGAUAGAGAUUACUCGUACAGUGGUGAGUUCCGCAGCAUCGAAGGUGUAAAUGCAUCCCUGACGGAAGCUUCGUUGAUAUGGAGAGACAAUUGGGUGACCUUCGUCGAUGGCCUGCUACAGCUGAACAUGCUGAGACAGAAGCAUAAUGGUGUCUCUAUUCCGACACACAUAAGAAACCUGACCAUCAAUGUUCAGAAACACCAGGACAUUGUUGCCAAGUCCUUCGUCUCAGAUUACAAAGUUCUGAUGAAGGCUCAGGUUAUAGAAAAUAUGAAUAUGACCAUAUGUGGUGGUGUGUCCAUCAGUAACAUUAAAUUGGAGAACUUACCUCCAAUGGUUAACAAAGACAUGACAUUAAAGGCUUUGAAGUUUAUCCCGAAUUCUCAAGCAGCACUUGGUAUUUCAACUUCCUUAGAAGUUUAUUUACAAACAGUAGCAGAGAAUGUAAAUAAAUCCGAUUUGAACGUAGUUGGUAUUGUAAAUCAGCCAGUGAAAGGAUUACUUUUCAAAGAAGUAAAUAAGGCUAUCAAGAAUAUAUUCGGUGUUAAUGUAACCUACGACGAAGUCACACGUGAGGCUGCACUAAAGAAAGCAAACUUACAAGAUUUUGAUCUGGUGCUGGUCCAAAACCUCUCUACAGAUGAUGGGCUCUGUCAGCUCUUCCAUCGUGUUUUACAAAAGGAUCAAUUCUUAAUAAGCGAAGAGGACUUGACCUUUGGUGGCCGCACUCGCCCCUCCUCAUUGUAUCGUGUGUUCUCCGUCCACAACAUCCUUGACAACGGCCAGAAACAGUCCCUCCUUCAGUUGAUUCGUUGGGGACCAUCGACUGCAGUAGCUACUGCAACCGUGACCGUGCGAUCAGCCGCAGAUAUUACACUGCUCGUCUCUACGCGGAAUAACAUACCUGUGGGACACCGACUCUUGAUCGUUACACCCUAUCCAACCGUACCAGGGCUUAAAGAACUAGUGGCUAAAUGGCGCAAUGAAGCCAGCCGCAAUAAGAUCCAUCUAAUCAUGGUCGCUAAAGACAGCAAUGAUAGUUUCUACGUGGAUGAGGUCCCCGAUAUCGACCUGGCAUACAACGUCUUGGAUAAUGGCAAAUGGGGUGGAGAACACUACGUGUCGAUAGAGGAGAAGCCGACAGUGAGCAAGAACGUGACGCUGCAAUGCUCUCAGAUUGGUGAUUAUGACACUCUCACCUGGGUGGAAGCUCCAGAACUUACCAAAUCUGGAGUAGCUGUAAAGGUACAAUACGCCGGCAUCAAUUACGAUGAUGUCAAGAAAGCAAGUGGAUCAUUGUUGUACAAGGAGAACCUAAAGAAUGCUUUCGGUAUGGACUUCAGUGGAACCACCAAGAGCGGUGAGCGCGUGAUGGGUCUGGUCCCGCACGGCGCGGCGAGCAGCGUGGUGCACGCGCGGCCGGAGCUGCUGUGGCCGGUGCCCGCGCACUGGACGCUCGAGGACGCCGCCACCGUGCCGCUCGCAUACGCACAUGCACUCUACUGCUUGGGAAUAAAAAGUCGUAAACAAGUAACAAGCGACAUGAGUGUGCUGGUGCACGGUGGGACUGGUGCUUUUGGGCAAGCUGUCAUAUCUAUAGCCUUGGCGUACGGGUACGAGGUGUUCACCACCGUCAGUGACAUGCGCAAGAAACAUUUCCUGCGCAAACUGUUCCCGCAACUGAAAGCGGAACACAUCGGUAAUUCUCGCGACCACAGUUUUGCUGACAUGGUGAUGAUUGCAACCAAAGGAGCUGGCUGUAACAUUGUCAUCAGUUCCCUCGGAGAAGAGUUGAAGGCGUCUUCCAUCAACUGCGUCAGGAGUCUGGGUACAUUUAUUGAUACCUCUCAGCUGCACAACCACGAUGUGUUCUCCUAUGGAAUGUACAGCUUGACUAUGGACCGCGCUUAUGCUGCUGUAGACAUCUCCUCCAUUUACGACCCCGCGAAUAUUGAAGAUGCCAAGUUCGUGCAACGUAUGUUGAGUGAAGGCAUAACUCGUGGCUAUGUGCGUCCACUGUCCCGCGUCACGUAUGCUCCAGAAGAUGCGCCGAGUGCAUUCCGUCUGGUGGCAGCCAGUAGGCACCGCGGUCGUGUACUGCUAAAGAUGGGAGAAUCAACACUACAGGCUCAACCCAGGAUCACCUGCAGCCCUGACCGUACCCAUCUGAUACUUUGCAAUGAUGACACCUUCGGCCUGCAAAUUGGUGACAAACUGGUCGAACGUGGGGCUAAGAAGAUUUGUGUACACUACCAGAAACACUCCAGCUACCUCCAGAUUAAAAUUAGGUCGUGGCAAGAGGCGGGCGUUGAAGUUAUGGUGAGUAAUAACGAUUUGAAGAAAGAGAAUGAUCUCAUUGUAUUGCUGAACAAAGCCAAGGCGGUGGGUCCAGUGGAGGGUGUGUACGUGACGGUUGGUGACAAGCAACUGGUUUUCGAUGAAACAUUCCUCAACUUACUUGAUCAGGCCUCCAGGAAACUUUGUCCGGAAAUUAAAUACUUUGCAGUGCUCAGUACCGGUGACAAUUCAAUCGGUAAGGAAGUCUGUCUCCAUCGUGCGAAGGACAACUUGCCGGCUACCAUAGUGUCGCUACCUGAACUGACCAACGAUGUGACUGAAGGGGUAUGGUACCGUGGUGCGACAGAGGCUAUGGAGAGGGCACUGCGUGGCUCGCACAAUGUCGUGCAGGCAACCACGGCGCCUGCGCAACAUGUCUCGCUGCUGCAGAAAAUCGCUGCUAUUGCUGGUGUGACUAUUGACGAGAACCUCAACAAACAAACAACUUUCGAAGAAUUAGGCAUUGAGAAUGAAAAACUGACGAGAAUCUGUACAUACCUGCGAAUUCACUACCAUUUGGUCUUUGAAGAGAACGAAUUGCUUACUUUGACGAUGAAUGCUUUCGAACAAUUUGAAAAAGCUAUCACCAAAUCGGAAUUCAAGGAUGAAAAGGGCCUGGCAACCUUCUUCUCUAACGUGGACUCGGACGAACUUCUGGCGACAACUGACUUCGUAUUCUUACCGACACUAGUAAAUGAUGCGGCUAUGAGAGACGACGAAUUCGACUCAAAUCAGACGUACCUGUGCAUAAUCCCUGGCAUGGAGGGCCACUACGAAAGAUUCCGCGUGCUCUGUGAGAGACUCAAGCUGCCGGCGCUCGUGCUGCAGCCUGGACUUGAUCUCUCCAACGAAACAGUACAAGAAACCGCCGAAAGACUUGCUGAAGUGAUGUUAAAGAAGAUGGGACUUAGGAACAACUUCUACCUCCUUGGAUAUGAAAGUGGAAUAUUUGUUGCAUUAGAAAUGGCUGCCAUUUUAGAAAAUAAUGGUUUGACUGGAACCGUCUACUGCCUUGGAUUCGCACCUGAUGAGUUCGUGCAGAGACUAGAGGAUCAACUCGCGGAAUACAAGACUGAAGAACAACUCCAAGAUGCAGUAGCAAGGCACAUGUCCUCCAUCAUGACGGAAGGUGACACUACUGGAGUCGAUGAAGCCUUGCAAGCAUCUACCACGUGGUCGCAGAAAGUGGACGCUUGCGUCCGGAACUUACUUGGUCGCGUGUCGCAUUCAGCUCAGUAUGCGCGCGCAUUGAUUGAGUCGGCUCUAAGGCGCAUCGAGGCCACUCGUCACUACGUACCGCGCGUGCAUGCGCUGCGUUCUCAGAUAGUUUACAUGCGCGCAGCGUCCUCCCACCCCGCGCCCUCCCCCGCCGCCCUGCAGCGUCACUCGCAGCGCCCGGUCAUAGUGCACCAACUGAGCGCACCUCUAGCACACGCGGCCACUGACCUCAACUGCGCUGUAGUCGUCAACACAUACUUGGACUCCACAAUUCACGAAAUGUUCGAAAACAAGAACCUUUGCAACACGUACCUUAUUAACGCAAACUCUUUCAUGGCUCUCGAUAAUUAAAUGAACAAAUCAUCAUUUUGUUUAUGUCAUACAAUCACAUCAGCUACAAAACAAUGCUACCACAUCCCUAACACGUGUUACUAUACAGGUACAUACAUUUUAAUUUAUUGAAUUUUGUUUUAUUGCCAGAGCUAAGACUUUGGUAAAAAUAUUGUAAUUAAACGUAAGUAUUGUUACAAACAAGGGUCAAUAUGGCACUUAGAUAUUUAUGUACUUGGUCUACGUAAGUAGCGGAAUUAUUUGUUGAUAUAAAUAAAUGACAUUUUCAUUGUA